UUCGUGUCCUCUUCCCCUGAGGUUCCUUGAGGUCUUGUGACUGCCGGAGCGCAGCCUGCGUUUAUCGGGCAGCAAAGCGCCUCUUACUUUUAAGAAGGUUAUGCGGGCUGAGCUCUGAGAUAAUGGUAUCUAUUCUAAAUAUACUUCCCCCAUCAGACAACGCUGAGCUGGCUCCGAGUCCUCUGGGCACCUUUUCUGGAGCAGGCCAGGUGCGUUUCCCCUUUCGAGGCAGUCCCGUUGCUGCAUCUGAACAGGGUGCUGCAUGUUUCCUGCUCUACAGAAUUAGGAUGGGCAAACUCCUGCAUUGAAAGGACUCUCCAGCUCGGCAAAGACUUACAUGACUGCUUGGUGCUACACCCCGGGCAGAUGUGCUUCCUCCGGCUGGAAGAUGACUUGCAGCCCCAGGGACGGUCAGAGUGGAAGUGCACCAGGCCCAGGGCUGGGAUCAUUAGAAACUAACCUGGGCAGAGGCUAGUUGGUGAUAAGCUGUGUUUGUUUCCUCAAAAGGGGCAGAUACGAAGCCUGCUCUUUAAAUGUCUGUGGUGGGCUAGCUAUCAGUGUGUGUUUGCAAUGUUAUCCAUCAGUGAAUAUUUCAAGCUCUUCUGCCUUUUUUUAUUUUCCGUACUUAUCUGCAAAACACCCAGUGUCACAGAUGGGGAAUUGCCGCUCUGAGGGGCGAGGGAACUGUUCCAGCUCAUGCAGGAAAUGUGAGGGGGAGUAGGGAAUUGAAGCUGUCUUUGGAGUGGGACCUGACUUCAACUUCCUCUUUGAUGGCCUGAUUCUCUUCUCCUUUUGCUCACUGUGAGUUUUGCCCUUAACUAAAGGCAGGUGGGGAACCCCAGGCUUUGAAGGUUGGCCUAACUGCUCAGCGGGUGUCUGCCCGUUCCUGCAUCGCUCUGCACGAAUAAACCUUCCUGAUUGCCCUGGGAGCCCUCAGAAAUGUUAAUUCACCCUAGGAAACCCUGGGGUAAGAGUACCCUGUGCUUGAUCUCACAGGAGCAGGAAUCUUUCAAACUCUGUGAGGAAAGAGUAAAAAACCGCCCUCUGCUGAGCAACAAGACUUCUCUUCUGUGUCCCAAGUCUUCUUUCUGCAAACUGCUUGAAGAACCUGUGCCCAAAGAGCUCAUCCUGUUAUGCAUAUUUACAACUUCCUCCCGGUGAUAAACGCUGGGAAGAGCCAGCACAACGAGGACCAGGCCUGCUGUGAGGUGGUGUUCGUGGAGAGGCGGCCCAGCCCGCGGAGUCGUCUGCCGUCCAAGGAGGGCACCGGAGAGCUGGAAGGGGGCAGAAAGGGCUUUUAUUUCCACUACUGGGCCUUGUUUGAUGGCCAUGCCGGCAGUGGUGCUGCUGUCAUGGCAUCCAAGAGGCUCCACCUGCACAUCUGUGAGGAGCUCCGGGACCUCGUAGACAUCUUGCAGGACCCCUCCCCACCUCCCAUCUGCCUCCAGCAAGACGCACGGGCCGGCCUGGCUGAGCCGAACCAGGUGUCCCUCACGGAGGAGGACGGAGAGGUCCCCAACGAUGCUCUGCCGCGUUUUCACCUGGAGAAAGUGGUCUCUCAUGAAAGCCUGGUGAUUGGUGCCAUCGAGAACGCCUUUAAGCACAUGGACGACCAAAUCGAGCGUGAGCGGGCGACCCAGCACGUGUCCGGGGGCUGCUGCGCCCUGGCUGCCGUCUACCUCAUGGGCAAGUUCUACGUGGCCAACGCUGGCGACAGCAGGGCCAUUAUCAUCCGUAACAGGGAAAUCAUUCCAAUGUCCAGGGAGUUUACUCCAGAGACAGAGAGGCAGAGGCUGCAGUUUUUAGGCUUCCUGAGACCCGAGCUGCUGGGCAAAGCCUUCACCUGCCUGCUGACGCGCUCUCUCUGGUUUAUUUUAACUAGGGCUUACAAAAAGAUAGAAGAGGAUGACCUGAAGUUCCCGCUUAUCUAUGGGGAAGGUAAAAAGGCUCGGGUAAUGGCUACGAUUGGGGUCACGCGGGGCCUAGGAGACCACGACCUCAAGGUGUUCAGCUCCAACAUCCACAUCAAGCCUUUCUUGUCCUGCUUCCCUGAGGUCAGGGUUUAUGACCUCACGCAGUAUGAGCACUGCCCCGACGACGUUCUUGUCUUGGGCACCGAUGGGCUCUGGGAUGUCACCAAUGACAAGGAAGUGGCUGGGGGGGGGGGGGGAGGGGGGACGAGCUACGAGCCCAACGACCCAUGCAGGUACACCAUGGUGGCCCAGGAGCUGGUGGUGCGGUCUAGAGGGGUCCUGAAGGAGCGUGGCUGGCGUCUGGCCAAUGACAAGCUGGGCUCUGGUGACGACAUCUCUGUCUUUGUGAUCCCUCUGGGUGGCCCAGGUAACUACACGUGAUGCCCUGUUACCUCAGGGCAGAAGGGCUCGUGUUGCCUGGAUGGACACGAGCAGGACACCAGAGCUGCCUUGGGGCCACCUCUCUGGAGAGCACUUAUUUCCUGAGCCAACUGCAAGAAGAGUAAGAAACUUGGAGCCUCUAUGCCCCGGGCCCCUGCCCAGAGCAUCCCUGCCCACCCGCUGCAUCCCAGCCCUGCACACCAUCAAGCCCACACAGAUGGAAAGAGGGGGACUGGGGUAGAGGAGUGGUUUUCAUGUUGCCAUUUUCUUGAUUGCUGUGAAAAGCCUAAACGCUCCCUGGCUUCUCAGUGCAUCCUUUGCACCUCACCUCUGGACCUGGGCGCUGGUUACAGCGGCGUGCGACUGCCGCUGGGCUCGCGGGGGCCAGAGCACGUGUACCUCGUGAAGCGUGUGCUUGCUGCUGCAAACGUCUCCUCUCCUCGCCACCCCUUGAAAUUUGCACCAUUAACACUGAAGCUGCUGCUACUGCACCAGCGCCGUUGGGAUGGGCGCUGCAUCCAGAUUGCACCACUGCUGGGAGCAGAGUCCUGUCGAUCCGUCUGUCCUGCUGGCAGUCGGGGUGACGCUUAACCCAGCAGCCUUGAAGGGGAGAAACCAGGCUGUGGGUGGCCCUGGUAGCAGCUGAGCCCCACGACUGAUGUCCUGGCUUUGUGCUUACCCUCCUUGGCUGUUUGGGCCUUCAUCCCAAGCUGUUUACCGUGUCUUCGUCUCAGGUUUUGGGGGAUGUGACAGGUGUUCGGUCACUGCGGCACACUGAAAGCACCUGCAAAGAUAUGAGCCUGCUGCACUUGUACAAUGUUCACCAGCCCUUGGCUGUGUUGUGGGUCCUGCCCACCAAAUCUCCUCAUGUCUUGGGUCACUGCUGUGUUUCUAGAGCCUAUUAUUUAUUAUUAAUUAGAGAGCUGAGUGAGAGAAUGCCCAAUUCAGAGGGCUUUUUUGGCAGGGAGAGAACAUGUAUGAAUAUGUCUAUAUUUCUGAGCAGUUCUAGUCUGGGCACUGCUGAGCACCAGUUAUACACAGAGCAGCCCUAUUCAGCCAAGCUUAACAGCUUAAACAUGCUGCACAGAUCUGCUUAGCUGAGGGCUGGAGACCAACAAUAAAAUCUGCUUGCUGUGAUUGAAAAGAAAAAGACAGCUCCCUCCUUUUCCUUAAUAAUCUCAAAGCUGGUGCUGAGCAGCAGAGGGUCUCUGCAGAACCUCUCAUUUUGUGCCAUGUGCUCCUCUGACCUGGAAGAUGAGUUUCCUGGACCUCUGCAGAGCAUCGCCUCCUUCCAGAGCGCGAGGGAUUCGUCCUGGCAGCGCCGGAGCACAGCCUGGGCCGGGGGGGCUGGCCGUGGUCCCUGUUUUGGGAAUGUGCUGUGGCACUGGCAGUUUCUCUGUGUCCUGCUGUCACUGGGGGCAGCCAGCACUUGUCAAGCGUCACCUCUGGGGAAUGGUGUUUGUCUCUUGUAAUCAGCAAGAUGUAAAUAAACUGAGUGCACUUAAUGGGAAGUGAAAGUUAUCCAGCGUGAUUUUAACCUGUUGACGUUGCCUGCGCUGAAGGGAGCACGAAGUGGUGCGCGGGCUGGGGCGCCUCUCCUGGGGUACACGCCUCUCCCGUGUGCUCGAAUAAAGGUUUUGCUGCUUUGAGUCCCCUCCAAAGUCUUUCUUGCAGGGCUCCUGCAACAGAGACUUAUCUAAA